GCUGCGCUGUCAUGGAUAAAUAUCGACCAAAGAGACCAACCAGCCUGGCUCUGUUCCCACAGCGGCCACAAGCUGGCACCCAGGACUGCAUCAACAACAACUCUUUUGGCAAGAAGGACAGCUGGAAGGACUCCUGCACCUCCUCCCCAAAUAUUACAGGGGAUCUCACGUCACCAGAUGUCCAACCAAAAGCAGAGGACAAAGUUCAGCGCACCACGCGCCGUCCAGCCCCAAAACCGCCCACGUCCAACGCGGCGAACAGCAGAGCCAACGCCGCUGCGUACGCCGUCGACACACGAGCCCGACUGCGGGAGAGGCAGGCGUCGGGCGCCACGCACACACAGUCCUCCAGCACACCGAGGACUCAAAAGAAAGCAGGAAGAGGAGGCCCAGCAAUGAGAGAGAGGAGCCUGGGAGACAUCCGAGGCAAGGAUGGAGUGACGGCGGGAAAGGAUGACAGAAGAGGAGGACGACUGUGUGAGCAGUCGAGGGGGAAGGAGAAAGAGAAAGAGAGAAAUAAUGGACAUCAGAAACCAAAGGAAACAAAUGGACUGAAAAGCAGAGGGGCUGAUGGGAAAGGAAAAGUAGGCCUUAAAGAGGUUAAGAAAAGAGGGGUGUUGAAGCCUAAUAACAACGUGUCCAACCAGGACUUUUAUCCUUCAGCCAUGGUGGUCCCACGCACGCCUGUAGCACCAAGAACUGAGGACAAGACCAAAGACCAAGGCCAAAACCAUGACAGGACCCAGGACAACCGCUCUGUCCUCUCCCAGUCCAGCAGCGAGGGGGGGUCGAACAGAAUGUCCCUCAGCUCGGACACAGAGGGCCCCCCAGCAGAGCCUCUGCCUCCUUCUCUAUCCUACCGAAUCGACCCUGACAUCAUCAGCGAAGAAGAGGGCGAGGGAGAUCCGACUCCCGGCGUGAAGGUCCAGAUUGGUGUCACCCUCUGCCUUAAAGAAAAAACUGAGAUGGACAGUACCAAGUCAGAGGUGGAAGCAAGGGGAGGAAAAGGUAACGCUGACACUCGGGGAGGUGGUGCGGCUGCUCGGAUCGUACCAAAGAGUGAAGCUAAGGCACAGCUGAACUAUGACUCUGUUAAACACACUCUGGUGGUCGGCGAGCACGCUCAGUUCGAGCUGCUCAGCCUCAAGGACUGCUUGCACAGUCACAAUGAGCACAAUGACGACAGUGACACGGAGACGGUCUAUCAGUCAGCCAAUGAGGAGGAGGACCCGGAGUAUGAGGAGGAAAGGAAGAGGAGAGAGGAUGCAAGGAAGCAAGACAGAAGGAAAGAGGAGGAAAAGAGAAGAAAGGAAGAACAUGAGACUAAGAUGAGGAGGGAAGAGGAUGUGAAGAGGAGGAGGAGGGAGGAAGAGGUGAAAAGGAGGAGGGACGUUGUGGCAAGGGUCUGCAAGCAGUCCAAGGUAACUUCAGAGGAAGACGAGUCAAGAAGGCUGGGAGCUUCCAGAGGUGCCGGGUCGUUUGGUGUGUUCUCCUGUGUUUUGGACGGAGUGGAGAGACAACAGAGCCACCGAGCCGUCUACAGGUUUGUCCCCCGUCAUGCAGAUGAGCUGUACCUGGAAACGGACGAUCCGGUGUUAAUGCUGAACCAGUCGGAGGACCUGUGGUGUCAGGGGUACAACAUGAGGACCGGGGCGACGGGCAUCUUCCCGGCCUUCUACGCCGUCAGAGUGGCGAAAGAUAGUAACCAAGUCCAAAAAGAUGGCUGGAUAAAAAAGUUCCUGGUGCAAUUCCUGGGUUCAGUUCAGGUCCCAAUUCACAAGGGCAACGACAUGCUUUGUGCUGCGAUGCAGAAGGUGGCGUGUAACAGGCGGUUGGCGGGGCAGCGCCCUUCAGCCUGUGUGCUGGAGGUCAGUAUAAAAGGAGUGAAGAUCAGUGUGCAAGACCAGUGUCACUCUGCACGGAGGGGGGACCAGUGUUUCCACUUCUUCCAGUUGAAGAACAUCUCGUUCUGUGGCUGUCAUCCAAAACACAGCAAGUAUUUUGGUAUCGUCACCAAACACCCUGACCAACAGCGCUUUGCCUGUCACGUGAUGAUGUCAGAGACCACAUUACAUCCCCUGGCCGAGUCUGUAGGGAGGGCAUUCCAGCAGUAUUACAAGGAGAACAUUGGCUACUCCUGUCCCACUGAAGACAUCUUCAUUGAGUAACACCCCCCCCCCCCCCAUCCACAAUAUGUAAUGAAUAACCAAUAAUGAAUAACCAUUAUGUGCAUGUAAGCUUGGUCUUACACAGCAAACUGGACCACUCCUUUGUCUUUGCAGUACUUGCAUGGUGGGUUUUGGUUUCUUACCUGAUACUGCAGGUUUCUUUUUACUUUAACCAUAUCACAAUUUAAAUACCUCACAUGAGAUCACAUGAGAUGUUCCAUAUAUUGAGAACAAAUGUGACAUACAACCCGACCUAAUUUCAAAUACAAAUAUGUGAUUCAUAUAUUGUACAUGUAGAUAUUGGAUGUAAAAGACAAUGGAGUUAAUUCAAUGACAGAAUAUUUAUGACAUCAAUGGGUGACCUCUCAACCAUUGGUGAAAUGUAUAAUAAUUUAACAGUGACAGCUUUGGUAAUUGAUUAAUCAUGUCAGUCAUAUAUGAAAAAAAAGUAAGUUAGCAUGUAUGAAAAAAAAGUUAGUUAGCAGCAAUGCUAGCAGCUCAGUGAGGUAGCAGUGCUUUACGCUACUGUAAAUGCUCAUUUCAGUCAUUACAAUGGAUGUGAAUGUCUGUAAAAUACUUCAUAUAUAUACAUAUAUAUAUAUAUAUAUUAAGAUAUUUUAGUCUGGAAAAAAACGUUUGGACUUACUGACAUCUGGAAGAACUCACCUGUGGCUAAUUAUUUGCUGCUUUUCUCUGACAUGUAAUGGAUAUUGAAUGUGUGUGUGUGUGUGUGUAUUUAUGGACUGUUGGUCAGACAAGAUAAAACAUUAUAAAACAUCAUUAUGAGCUCUGGGAACUUCUAAUGAACCAAAUUGUGUUGACAUUUCACUGAUUAAUCAAACAAAUAACACACUAAUCAAUUUAAAAAAAAGGUUCUUUACAACAAUAUCUAAAUAUUUGAUCUGUCGUCACAUUUGAUGUCUUGUGAAAAGGGUCCUCUAUGUGUAAGCUUGAGUUGUAGUUUGUGUACAUAUGACAAACAUCGUCAACAAACAUCAUUCAUAACCCAGUUUGUGCUCAUUUUGACGAUCACGUGGUUAAAUAUUAAGCACUCGGAAAUUGGGAAUUUCGAUGAAAAGGUACAUUUAGUUAGUCGUCACUUUCUGCAACUAAGUUAUGUAUUCAUAUAGGUGGAAGGGAAAGUAUCUAAAUGUAGAAAGUUGUUUAAGAUGUGUAUGUAAUAUACAUAUAUAUCUGUUUUAGCUAUCUAAAGUUAACAUUCAUCCUCUUGACCAAAAUUAAUUUCUAACAAUGAGUAUGCAUGGAUCAGCCAUGUGAGUGAGCAUUGUGUUCACUUGAAUUUAAAAAAUCAGUUUCAGAUAUUUUGAUGUGAAUUGCAGCUUUAAUCCAGUCUCAAAUGAUGUUGAGUCCGUUCCAGAGAAGCCUUUCGAUGGACAGAUGUUGCUGCACACACCGGCCUGGACUCAAACCCGGGUUCAGUUGCUGGAAGGCAGCUAAAUUGACCACUAAGAAGACUGCAUGUUUAUGAAAAGAGGGGAGCAGAUUAUCUUCCUACAAUAAUUUGAACCAACGUACAGAAAACAAAUGUUCAUGCUUGUUUCUCAGCACCAAUGAGGACCGACUAAUGCUGCGUUCACAACAAAAGCGUUGCAAAUAUUCUCAACGCUUUACUCGCCUGAGUUUACUGGCUUGGCUAUUUGUGGCUUUUCGCGUCAUUCGCGCCUUAGAGGGGGCGUGGCUUAUCUCCGUGGAAACAGUUAUCAUUUCCUCUGUCCACCACGGAAGAACUAACCACUAGUUCUGCUAUAUACUUUUUGAAGACAUCCCACAAACAUCUGAACAUCUGACGCCCUCGUGUUUGGGUUCAUGACAUUAAUAUAUAUAUAUAUUUAUAUAUUUAUACAGGACAUCACCCGUAGGCUCACACAGCUCGGUGACUUUCGCCUCUACGUCUGAAUGACCUCCGCUUCCAGCUCCAUUAGAGCAGCAGUUGGAUUCACCAACGGCGGAGCGUCUCAACGCUGAUCAAGUUCUUUCGUAACUCGGCGUCGGGCGAAUUCGUCGCCAAAGUUUAAAUAUUUCAACUUGAGGCGAAAGAGGCGAAUUUUUCCGCGUCAAACGCAUCCAUUCGCGUCCGUACGUUGACUUUGCGUCCGGAUCUACUCGCGCGAAAAAUUCCCAACGCUUUUGGUGUGAACACAGCGUAAAGUUAAAAAAUAUAUAUUUAAGAAUGAUUCUGUAUCUUAUCACUCUUUGACUUGACAAUCUAUUCCAGAAGACAUUUGGAGAUGCUUUUAAGGUACGCUGCAGGGUUUCUCUGGUUAAGCGACGAAAUGUCCUUUUACUCUUUGUAUAAUAACAAAGGCCCAAAUGACGGCGUGCAAUGUUUGUAUGUGUGCUAAAGAACUGACUGGUGAGGAAGUGGAUCCCUGUGCAGGCAUGUCCAUAUUGUCCAUAUUGUCCAUAUUGCUUUCAUAUCAGACUUAUUGCACCUGCUCAAAUCUAUAGGAUCAAAUUGUGCUCGACUCGGCAUGAAAACAGUUAUUUCUCAUCUGACAUUGAAUUUUCGCUUAUAUAUGGAGAGGGAAAUACUGAACCUGGCUUUUUAAAGAUUUGUUUUCACAAUUCCAUAGUCCGACUUGGUUUUCUCAGCAAGGGGAGUUCAUUUGAAUGCAGUUCCACCUUGUUGAGUAGCUCCGGGCUUAAAGCUGCACCAAUCAACAUGUUGGAUCAAAUGACGUUGUGCAAUGUAGAAAGAGACCCUCACAGGUUUGUUUACCCACAAUGCAGUAACGCUCAGAUCUAUGGAGACGUUUUGCUUUCAGCAUGCAAACUAUGCUCUACCAAAUAUGGUGUCGCAUGUUACUGGAGGCCUGACGAGACCCACCGCGAGUAACACACCAUUUUUUAGUGUUAAAAAAAGAUUGUGUUUAUUAUGUAGUUCAUUUCCUAUUGUAAAAAAACAGUAUACCUUUUUUUUAAAUAAGAGCAACAGCUAAAAGGCCCUGAUGAAGCCACAGCAGUACACUGAACAGUUGCUGGUGAACACAGUGGAUCAUGUAGCAGCUCUAAUGAGCUGAUGAAGACCAAAAUACUGAUAUACAUUUGCUCAUUGUCUGGCAGAUAUAUAACGAGACAAAGAUGUGCAAACAUGCUAGACAAUACAGCUUUUUAAGAUAUGGCGAAGUUGUGUUUUCAGCCUGAAAAUCAAUUAAAGCAGCUCUCCAUAAAUUGUGAACAUUUUGACUGGAAUUUCCAGCGAAUCAGAAAACAUCUUCACGAGCAGUUGAACAAUUUGGUCAGCAGAUUUGAGUCGGUUAAAGUCAAUGAAAAUGAAGUCUGAAAUGUUUUUGUCUUCGAAAAAAUAGUGCCUUUUUUUUUCUUCUGGUGUCGUGAUGACUGUUGAAAUGUUGAUUUGUGAUGUCUCUUAUCAUAGGAUUGAGAUGUAUACAGUCUAAUCCAGAUGAGUGUUUCUUAUCAUAGGAUUGAGAUGUAUACAGUCUAAUCCAGAUGAGUAUAGUCUUGUAGCUGGAUGAUAUGCCUCCCAAGAUGGCUGCCAUGGAAUAGCGGACAUCUUUGUGGAGAAGUUUUUCUCCAAUGAUCUUGCUACUUUUGUAGCAUAGGGAGGUUAGAAAAUCUGUACAAUGCAUGCAGCUUCUUUCUGAAAAUAAAAUAAAUGAAAUAAAAUAAAAUAAAAUAAAUAAAUAAAUAAAAUAAGAUAAAUAAAAUUUAUUUUAUUUAUUGUAUUAAUAAUUAAAUCAAACCUUUACACAGGACACACAUUUUUAUAGAAAUACCAUUAUACCAGAUUGUCUAUUUAAAUGAAUCGUGUGUGUGUUUUGAAGGUACUAAUCCAGUGUAUUACACUGUAGAUGGCGGUCAGCACAUCCCCAGUUUGGAGAAACAGACAGGAGCACUAACACGAGAACAAAGCAAUAGCACCCUAAGAAAGGCCCACCUCAGAGAAAAUAUAUAUACAUUAAAGUAUACAUAUUAUUUAGAGUAUUUUCACUGCUUUAUCUUGCCGUCUUCUAGGAACGAAGCUGUUUAGCUGUAUGGAUUAGUACCUAAACCCACCUAAAAAUGGCCAAACCAUCAUUCAUUUCAGUUUGGUAUACAAUAUUUCAAUCAUGCAAUAGAAAUGUGCCAACGGACUAUAAAAUGUCACAAUUCAAACAUUCAGUUGUCGGAUUUUCCUACCGGAGCAAACUAAGUGAAUGAAAAAUAAAUGGCACACCUGGACGAAAGACAAACUACUCCAAAGUAUUCAUGUAGUGUACCAUCCACCACAUGUUCAUUUCCAUGCAGCCAUCCAAGGUGCACCACAGGAAGUUGUUCUGACCCAUCAGAAAGUUUCCUUUUCCUUGUAUUCCACUAUUGUAACAUCUGCUGUACAUGACUCAUCAAUACGGAAAUAUCCUGUAUGUAUGUAUGUUUUAUAAGAGUUAUCAUUCUAUGCUGUUGGUUUGGCCGAACCCUGGGUGUGACACCGCAUGAUAUCGAUGUUGUAAAAGGAAGAGGCACCGAAGACGCACAGACAGGUGAUAAUGGUGGUUGUUAUUAUUCUUGUCAAUAAAUCACAUUUACAACUGCACCUAGAAUACUUUGCCAGGUAUUUGUUGGAGGGUUAAACUUCAGCUACUGCCAAUGUAGAGAUUCAAAGAUUUAAUUUGGGAAUUACUGGGAACUAUUAAUCAGUGGUUUGAAGUUAAUAUAUUAUAUAACAAUAUCAUAUUUUGAAUAUUAAUAUGGAGGGCCCGAGUUCCUUACUGCUGGAUUUAUGUUUGAAAGGCAUGGCUGCUCGCUCGGUUUGUAAAUAAAUAAAAAAACAUGAUGGAGA